ACAAAUUUGAAGGUACAGACCCAAUGCUCCUCCGAUGUUGUGGCAUAUAAAUAGAGGUAUAUUGACCAGCAACUGUGCCAAUCUCUUCUUCAGGGUGACCAUAACAAUGCAAGUCGCAACACUGGGGCUCGUGGUGGUGGUGUGCCUGACAGCAGUGGCUGCCGAGGCUGUGAACGAGAAGAUGCCCGAACAUGGGGUGGAGUCAUCAGAUAUUACUGCCAAACACUCCCCAGUCGAUGAAAAGGGAGAAAAGUUCUUCUUGGGAGGGGUUUCGACGGCGACAUACACUGAUGUGGUGAUGGUUACUUCCACAGUUUUCUUCUCCUGCCUUUCUGGCACCUCAGCAGCUGUUUGUGAUGGCCGACGCAGGAAAAGGUCUUUACGAUCAUUCGUCAAAUUAGAAGAAGAUGAAAGUAGCUCUCCCCUAGCGAGCAGUCAAGACGAAGACUUAAUUGGCGAGGAUCUCAGCCAAGCCGAGGAGGAAAAUAAGUCCUCCAAGGAUGAAGAAAGGAUACUUGGCUUCAACAUAUGGACCACGUCUCGCAUCACUUCCACCGUCACUAUGCUGUACACAGACACCAACACCACCAUCCGCCUCUCUUACUUUUGCCAGGCGGGACAGCAGCAGCUCCCUACCUUCAACUGUGUUGGUGCUAAAUAAUGUGUAGGUGUUGAGGUGCACUCGUCGCCACCCAACUACCUGCCAACACCUAACUGCUCUGAGUGGUCCCACUGAUGACAGAUCUGAGUAACUUAGUGUUUUUAUUUACUGUACAUGAGGAAGUCAGUCCAAGAUGAUUAUAUAUUAAGAGCUACUGUA